UCUCGCCUUGUAGCCAUCAGACAUUUUAUUGGAAUACAAGGAUGCCGCGAAUCGAGACUGAAUGCCUCAUAUCUCUCGCAUACUGACAAUUCUUGCAGCGAAAUGGGACCCAAUCUUCAAGCAGCCCAUGCUCAAGAAGGGUGCGAUCUGCAUCACCAAGCCUCCCUCUACCUACGGUGAAGUCAAGAUCCACGCGCACGAACUGCAAUCCGCUGCAAUCAAAUCCGCCUCAAAGAAACACACCAAAACUCAGGGUACCAAAACCAUCCGCGAAAGGGGGUUGAAAGCCUGGCUCGGUGAACUAGAUUACGCUAUUGAUCGCCUCCUGGUUAUUUUCAAAGGUCUCAUCCUAAGACCGAUUGCGAUCCUGAUGAACGGAACGGGCUACGUAUCCUGGUCCGUACCGCAGGACGUGCGGCCAAGCGCAUCAAACCCAUGGCAAAGAAUUACCAUGAAGACCGCGAUAGUGGAUAGAAGCACGCGGACGCCUUGGCGGAUCUGCUGUUCCAGCACGAUGACAGUGUCGAUGGGCCGUACGAGAUGCUCGAAACAAUUCAGGGGCUGCACAUGUAUCUUGCGUACAUCAGAGGUAGCUUGAGGGGUAUGUAUACUACCAUUCAGGCGCUGUGGGAUAAGGACUGUACUAGUGCGGCUACGGGGGCAACGGAUGAUGUGGUUAAGAUGGAGGAGUGGCGUUUGCAGCAGAUACAGGUCAGGAACCCUCAGACGCUGUUUGUGCGUUACCAUUGGGGGACGAUCGUGGCAGGUAAUCCUUCGAAUAUCCAGACAAGGUCGACCAUAGCAUAGGAAUCUCGUUGUAGACUUCAGAGGUCCCAUACUUCUAACAUUGUGCUGAAGAGCUCCCUACGUCCUGGAUGGCGCAGAGCUGGGGACCUG